CACUGUGGUUAAGAUUAGUGUUUGAGAGGGCUUAUAUGAAUCAAAUAAUGUCAAAUAUUGUUUUUUGAGUAAACUCCACAUACCUACAGCUCCAGCCUGGAGGCUAUGGGCUGUAAAGAAUAACAAACUUAUAAUUUUCCGUCCUCAAAACACCGCCCUCUUCAACCCAGGGCACGCCCUCCUUUUUUGUCUCAGUUAAGCCAAUGUGUCCUCAGCUACUGUUUUCUCAUUGAAAAAUAGCACCACAAAGUAUACCGGUCGGAUACAGAGACGUACCAGGAACGCUUCAUCCCUCUCUGUGAGUUGAAGGAGAAGAAGACGAACAGUACAUUCAAAAGGCGCACGUGAAGACGUGAGCGAGCGAGUCUGGUUAACGAAAUGGGGCUCGAGUUGUACCUUGAUCUACUCUCCCAACCCUGCAGAUCUGUUUACAUCUUCGCAAAGGCUAAUUCGAUACAAUUCGACUUCAAGAAGGUGUCCUUAGCAGAGGGUCAGCAAUAUGGAGAAGAAUUCAGCAAGAUUAAUCUAUUGAGAAAAGUACCUGCCAUGAAAGAUGGGGAUUUCACCCUUGCAGAAAGCAUUGCAAUUCUCUUGUAUUUGUGUCGAAAAUACCAGACUCCAGAUCACUGGUACCCUGAAGAUCCCUUAAAACGAGCAAGAGUGGAUGAAUAUCUGUCCUGGCAGCAUUCAGCAAUGCGGGCACAUGCAGCCAAGAUAUUCUGGUUCAGGCUGAUGAUUCCUUUUAUAACUGGUGAAGAUGUCCCCACAGCCAAGAUGGAUUCAGCAAUGGAAGACUUGAACAACACCCUGCAGUUGUUUGAAGACAAAUUCCUUCAGGACAAUCCUUUCAUUGUGGGUGACGAAAUCUCCCUGGCAGAUGUUGUGGCAAUUGUGGAAAUAAUGCAGCCACUUGGCUCUUGUCUGGAUGUCUUUGAAGGCAGGCCAAAGCUAGCUGCGUGGCGGGACAGAGUCAAAGACAAGAUUGGCCCCAAACUGUUUGACGAGGCCCACAAAGACAUCCUGAAUGCCAAAAAUCUUCCACAGACUUUUGAAAAGAAUCACAUGCUGGAUUUUCUGAAGCCCAAGAUUUACAAGCUUUUCAGUUGAGAUCUUGGUUGUGCUUUUUUUUGAUUUUUGAGAAGUAAAAUGUUCAUUAUCCUUUGUGAUAGAGAGAGUUCUCAACUAAGUGUGUAUUUUGACUGUUAAUUCAGAAAUAAGUGCCUUUUGGGAAAAAUAAAUGCUACAUUGAAUAGCAUACAUACCUCUAAGUAUAAACAUUUUUUAUAUUUUACUUGUGUAAAUGAAAAUUAUAUUUACGUACAACUACUUGUUAUAUUGUUAUAGAGAUUAUAAGUUAAAUGCAUAAAUCUAAAAUAACAUGCAUGUACAGUAAUUAAAGAUGUUCUAAGAUACUGUAUGCAGGUUUUAUAACUACAGCGUGCCAUUAAGCCUGGGAUUUGAGACUUUUUGGUGAAGAAAUUAAGACUUGGGUUAUAUGGGUGUCAACAGCAGUGGCAUAGUACUGCCUGUUGAGGUUUAAGCAGUUUAUUUGUAAUGGCAUGAGUGAUGAUUAGAGCUUCAAUUUUUCAUUCUAACUAUUCAAUCCUUCCCUUUGCUGUUUACAACUUUAUUUCAGAUAUAAAACAAUAUGAGUAAUAAACACCCUGUAGUUCACAAAUAUUAAAA